UGCCAAUAAAAGGCUCUAGCAAUGACCGGGCGCGCCUAUGAACCAUGAAGUUGUUACUGGUGCUGCUCGCGUUCGUGCCACUCCUGUGCGCCGAAGAUGGCCUCACGGAGGCGGUCACCGGCAGCACCACCACAUCCAUUGCGAAGAUUGAGACGACCCAUGAGACGACCACGAUGGAAAGUACGACAGAGACGACGACUGAGACCACUACUACAGAACUGACUACAGAGUUGACGACAGAGUCAACAACCGAGACGACACCCUUCGGGCACACUGACGUGCCGGAGGUGACCACGCUGGACUUGGAUGAUUUCAUCGACGGUUUCGUGAAGGACUUGUCCAAACGAGUCGGACCGGCCGUGUCUGUCAUCCUCUCGGACGAAAACAUCACCGAAGAAUGCUCCGGCGCUCUGCUCAAGGUGAUGCUUGGACUAAGAAGCAAGUCCCCGUGGGCACUGCUGAUGGUGGACUCGAACGGCCGGCCUGCUCCUGGUACCUUGAACGGAGCGACAGGAUCGUACGGAGACUACGAGGAAUGCCUGGGCGUGCACCAUCGGCCUUCGAACGGAGAUGCAGCCAUUUACGGCCAGUACUGCUCACUCUUCAUGACUCUCCCACUGGGCUUCGCUCGUAAGUCGGCGCAGAGGAUGCAAAAGGAUGGCUACUUCUUGGGACGACGAGCGCCAGAUUUUUUCUCCUCCGACGAACGAAGUUACUUCAAGGGUCAAAGGUUGGGCAUAUGCUUGCCACAACUAUGCACAGUGGCAGACGUACGGCGCAUGGUAGGCCUUACACUUGACCCCUACGGCUUUAAGUACCACAUCUCCGGUUGCGAUUCUGUGCUGAACGAAGACAGGUACUGGAACGGUGUACGAAUUGGCAUGGUGUCUCUCAUAGCGGUACUCCUAUUCUUGAUGCUCUUGGCCACCGGGCUCGACAUCUUCCUGAAGAAGGACAGCCGCGCUCGCAAUCCAGAUUCACCAUGGAAAUACCUCAUGGCCUUUGCUGUGACAAUCAACACAAGAAAGCUUCUGAACUGCGACUUUAAAGAGGGCUCGGACAACCAGAUCUUGGCCAGUUUUGCCGGCAUCAAGGUGUUCAGCACAACGUGGGUCAUUCUCGGACACACCUACUUCAUCGUAGACAUCAGCGCUCUCCGCAGCUACUUCAAGGUUAUCGACGCCACAGAAGAGCCAUUCUUCACAAUAAUCGGAAAUGCCUUCCCGAGUAUCGCAACAUUCUUCUUCAUCGGUGGAUUCCUGUUGUCCUUCAAUGUUCUCAAGAGAAUGAGGAAUCUCAAAGGGCAUUACCUCAUCGUCCUGUGGAUCAUGCUGGUUCGUCGUUAUAUUCGGCUGACGCUACCCGUGAUGUUCAUGGUGGGUUUUGGCUUCGUGCUGAGCAUGCUCGUACGGGGACCGGCCUUUUACGAGUUCCUGGGACAUAACGACGAGCGAUGCUACGAGAGCUGGUGGAUGGUGCUGCUGCACAUCAAUAACUGGCAGUCCUUCCUCAACAUGUGCAGUCCGUUUUACUGGUACAUCAGCGUUGACUGGCAACUCUACAUGGUGUUCUGUGCAGUGCCCCUCAUCAUGAUCAGGAGGGAGAAGCUUGGCGUGUUCCUGCUGCUGGGCAGUACGGUAGCCACGGCCGCUUACGUCAUCUUCCAGACGUACACGCUUGACUACCAGCCACUGCCGCUGCUGCUUUCCGACCCGAACCAAGAGCGACCUUCAAACACGGUUGACUACGUGUACAUCAAACCGUUCACUCACGCCGGGUCCUACUGCACCGGAAUCUUGUUCGGCUACCUCACUCUCAAGUACGAGCACGUCAAGAUUAGCAAGGUCGUCCAAUACGCGCUGUGGUGUGUAUCCACUGCUGUGGCGCUGUGCGUGAUCAUGGUGCCCUACGAGUGGCAGAAGGGCAACUUCCCCAGCCAGCUGGAGGCUGGCCUGUACGCCGGCCUGCACCGCACCGCGUGGGCCGUGGCUGUCGGCUGGCUCAUCUUCGCCUGCGUCACAGGACGUGCAGGCGUCGUCAACAAGUUCCUAUCGUGGUCGUUCUUCGUGCCGCUCAGCAGGCUCUCGCUGGGCGCCUACCUGACCUCAGUGUUCAUACUCGCCAUCCGAGUAACGUACCGGCGAGAGAUCGCCGAGUAUCACCACUUUCCCAUGGUGAUGCUGUUUUUCGGCACGACAGUGCUCAGCUACAUGGCUGCUUACGUGCUCUUCCUGGUGAUUGAGUGUCCGGUCGGCCUCGUCGAGAAGUACAUUUUUAUGUCAAAGGCCGUUGUGGAGCGGCAUUCCGAGAACGCCGCUCACGCGAACGGCGCCUUCAACGGCUCUGUGGAGAAGAUGACGCCGGCAGAGAAGGAGAAGCGAUUUGUGGUCGAGCGCUUCUGAGGGUAGGAAUACGCUAGGAUUUGAGAAUACUGAGAAUACCAGAUGGCUUAUGACGGCGUUGAGAAUCGUACAAUUUUCAGUGCAGCCGUUUCGCGGAAAUGCGGAGCAAACGCUCGCGCCACGAAGGCACUUCCGUCGCCCCAUCUUAGCAAUGUGAGACGCUUAUCGAGGAGGCCUGCCAGUUAUUGCGGGUUAUAGAUCCUGCUUAUACUGGAUGAAAGGAAAGGCAAUUACACACGGCGCUGCGAAAAGAAAGUAACUCGUUAUCUUUGGAGUUGAAAAGUAUGCAGCUGAACGUUUUUUUAUUCAUAGUUGAACGCUUUAUUUAUGUUUGAUUUUGCAGCUCCAGCUUCUUUAUUCAGCUCUAAAAAUAACUUUGUUAACCCGUGCCGUGUUUUGUUGCAUCUUGUAGCGCCCUCCUUUAACGCUACAUUUCGCUCUUGUUUAAAUUUUCGGAAUCCCUACCUCUGUGAAAUAGGCGAUAGAAACGCUCAAUUAGACCACACGACACAAAACAUCAAUGAGAAGGGGGAUUGUAUUGCAAUAGGCAUUUUGCUUCAGUGUUUGUUGCUUGAGGCAAGUGCACUCAGAACAUAAAACAAGAGAGCGAACGAAACCCCUUAAGAGUUCACGCUUGGCGUUUGUAGGGACAUCUCGAUUCGCGAGGGUGUGCCCCAUUUCCGAUCGGCAUAUUCGCAAGAUUCACGCUUAGACUCCUGCAAAAGCAGAUACAUAAGAAGUGGCUUACAGAGGCGCAAUGCGUUCCGAUGCUCUUGAAAUGGGUUCGUGUAGAAGCAAAGAGGUUGUCUAUUCGAUGCAUCGCACAUUUAGUGCCAGCUGAUCAUUGUGGAAGUUUUUGUCCUUUUUUCACGGCUUUAUUCAGGGGCUCAGUGCGCGUUUCCUACAGCCUCGCUGAAGCACAUAUAGGGCGAGUCGCGAUGUCGGAGACUUUGUACUCGAGUGGGGCCUACACUGUAAAUCGUUGCUACCUGUCUACCUCGGUCACACGCUGAGGCCCCUUGACGUGACAGAUGGAUUUUAUUGCGCAUGCGCCACAGGUUGUUGGAAGUAUGUUUUCUCAACGCCCCCUUCAAGCGACCGGGCACCUAGCCAGAAAGAUGCCUUCUUUGUCUCCAUGAAGACAGUAAUACUUGUGAUUAUUCUAGUUAAAAGCCAUCAAUAAAUCAAGCACAUCAUCGGCAUCAUCACGAACGACGCAACGCAAGCACCUUCAUUUUAAAUAUAUAGGAUAUAUUCACUAAAUAAAUACUUUAUCAUCCUCGUU